AUGAGAAAAAUCAACGGAGAAGACGGCAUGGAGUUUGUGGUGAAGGUGAAGUACUUGUCAGAGUUUGGAAGACAUAACUCAUCCGAGGUGCGAAAAAAUGUCGGAGUUUAUCAUUUGCAAACAAAGGCUGUGGAUUCCGGCUCAAUGUGUUCGUCCACGCUAUCGCUCACCGAGCCGGUGGAACCCUUGGAUUAUGAGGAGUUUCUCACUCAACACAUGAACAUAUUGAACCGAGAUCCCUUAAAACAUAUUCUUGAUUUUCCACCUGCUGAUGUAGCGGUGAAGAUUAUUCCGCGCAAAAUACGUACCAUUGAGCAUAUUGUACCAAAAGAAAACAUCGCCGAGUUGCCGUUGUAUGUGCAGGAAUGUGUCAACUGCUAUACACGACCUUGGAAGGUAGUCGAAUAUGCACAGCGUCACUACUCGAGCUCUUGUUGUGCACGUGAGCGCAUCGACCGUGGCACUAUCAGCCCCUCUGCCUAUCAGCAAGAGUUCGAAAUUGACAAAGAAUUUGCAUCUUUUGAUGAGAAUCUAACCGACAAAAGUGACAGCUGCACACCGAGUUCACGGCAAUCGAUCGCCAGCCUCUCCUCGGUGAGCUCGUGCACUGAUACGUUGACCCCGCGUGGUUCUUGGGCUAGCUUUGAUUUGAGACGUUCGGUAAAUGAUCCACUAAUACCCAAUCUGCUUGAUGAUGUGCCGCCAGAACAAAUUGAUCUAACGAAUGAGUCACGUCGACAAGAAGAUCGGCAGGAAGCGCUAUUCUCACUUUACCCAGAAGCCGAUCCAGAGGAUGUUAUCGAACGGCGUUUACCGGCUGAAAUACCCAUGGAGCAUUUGGGCCACCGCAUACUCGUCAAAUGUCUACAGUUGCGUCUUGAGUUAGAGGUGGAGCCAAUAUUCGCCACUAUGGCGAUUUAUGAUGCAAAGGAGCGCAAAAAAAUAUCGGAAAAUUUUUACUUUGAUAUGAAUUCGGAUAAUUUGAAGCGUAUGCUGAGCACACAUGUGCGUUGCGCAGAUGCAAGCACACAAAGUCGUGCUGGCAUUUUCGAGAUAACCUAUCCGAGCAGUGACAUUUUUCUAGUGAUACGGUUGGAAAAAGUUUUACAAGGCGAUAUUAAGGAUUCUGUGGAACCAUAUUUGAAGGACGAUAAGGACAAGUAUCGCGACAAGGCCAAAUCGAAUGCUGCAGACUUUUGCGAACGUUUGGGCAAAUAUCGUAUGCCAUUCGCAUGGACAGGCAUUUAUUUGAACAGCAUAUUCAAUGGCGAAAAUGUUGAAAAUAAAGAUGGUGCUGGUGGGAAUGCAGAAAAAGAUGCGUCCGGUGGUGGUAACUUGACUUCAGCGGUUAGCUCUAAUAGCUUGGAUCGCAAGGCAUCCACAAGCAGUUUCGAUCAACUGCGACGCAAAGCGAAUGAUAUGAGCGGCACUUUGACACGGCGUGGCUCGCUGGAGCGAAAGGAGAAACGAAGAUCUUGGUCUUUAGAUGACUUCGCUAAUGUUAUCGAGUCUUUCAGGCCAAUAACAAUAACUGUAUCGAGUUUCUUUAAACAAGAAUCCGAUAAAAUGAAAGAUGAGGAUCUUUAUAAAUUUUUAGCUGAGUUGAAGCGUCCCAGCAAUGCUAUGAAAAAAUACAAAUGUAUACCUGGAUCGAUAAAGCUCGAAAUUUUACCCUGCCCCGAGGAGGUGAAAAACGCCUUAACACCCGAGCUAGCCAAAAUUGAUCCCUAUCCGGAGGACAAAACGCGACCGAUUAAGGAAAUAUUAGAAUUUCCCUCGGCCGCCAUUUAUAAUCCACAUUACACCUAUCGCAACUUACUUUUCGUCUCACCCAAAGAAUUGAAUUUCUCAUCACGCGCUGGUUCCGCACGUAACAUCGCCGUUCGCGUACAACUCAUGGCUGGUGAAACACAAGUAGAUGCAGUUAAUGCUAUAUUUGGCAAGUCAUCUUGUCCGGAGUACGCAAGCGAGGCCUUCACAGCAGUUAAUUACCAUAAUAAAUGUCCAACAUUUUAUGAUGAAAUCAAAAUCGCUUUACCGGCUAAUAUAAAACAAAAUCAUCAUCUCUUCUUCACGCUCUAUCAUGUUUCGUGUCAGAAGAAGCCACAAGAGAUGCAACCAUCAGUGGAAACGCCAGUCGGUUAUACAUGGCUACCGCUGCUGCAAGAUGGUAAAUUGAAAGUAGGCGAAUUUCAGCUACCAGUAAUGGUAGAAACGCCACCCGAGAACUACUCGUUCAUACCACCCAACGUGCAUUUGCCCGGCACCAAGUGGUUGGAUAAUCAUCGCCCCGUUUUCACGAUAACUGUGGACGCUGUAACGGCAGUACAUACAUUGGACCCGCAUUUGGAUGGUUUCUUUCUCACUUGCGAUUAUCUGGACUCACGUAAAAUACCGCCGCGCAUCGGUGAAGGCAACAUGGAGAAUGAAAUGAAGAAGGCCUUGUUAGAGAUUGCAAGCGCUGAGCGUGAACCUUUAGUGAAGAAUUUACAUUUGGUGUUGGAUAAAUUGAUAGAGCUCUUGGUGACGACCUAUAAAAUUGGCGGUCAACCACUGUCACUGGGUUCCACCGUCUUUGAAAUGCUUUGUAUGGUGUCUGCGAAUCUCUCGAUACUGAACGAUGACUUAGUAGUGGAUCAAUAUGGUCGCCAAGCGCUGCUUUCCACAUACGUGCAGUUUCAAUGUCGCAUACCGCAUCCUUUUGGUAGCAAGCGGCGCAUCACCUACAGUCGCAGCAAUGCCGAAGAGAUGACAGCCAGUACAUCUGACACCUACAGUCUCUAUGAAAAUGCUUCAAUUGAUCUCUACCUCUAA